AUGGCCUCGAGAUUGACGCCUCAGAGCGUCUUUGUCACUCCAAACAGCCCAACCAACGAUCCAAACGGAAACGCUCAAAGGACUCAACACCAAGUGCGCAUUUGCGAUGUGCUGCCCACAAGCUGCUUGAAGCCAGCAGAGCCAGGGUACACACAAAACCUGGCCGGCGAUCGGAUAGUGGCGUUUCUUGGUAUGCCAGGGGCUCAGCAGGGGGGCCGUUGCCAAGGUCUCGGCGUCGGCCGACAAGAUGGACAAGGCGACGACAAGCCAACAAACCAACAAGCUCCAGGACUCAACAAGCUCACUGGCGCACGCAGCCCACAAGCCGUCGCCGGCCCGGUGCCAGCCCGCGGAAUGAGGCAAGUCUCGUCGGCCUGGGUGUACCAGCUCUUUCUGGCCGACGCCUUGUCCGACAUCCUGAGCGCGGAACCGGGGGCUGGCAGGCUGGGGAGCACACGAGCAAAUAAUCGCGCCCCCACGUCAAUUCCCUUUCGCGUCCAGGAUAGUUAA